GGGUGGGGAGGGAAGGAAAGGGGGGGAGAGAAGCGAUCGCGAGAAAAAAAAAAUGCCACCUCCCAAAAUAAAGAGCAAAGAUUGCAUUAGGAGCGAACAGCGCUGCAGAAAUAGAUGGCAGCUUCGUGUCAGUGAGUUUGCAUCCCCCUUCCUGAUCCACGAGCUGGAGUGAUUAGAGCCCUGGAAGGGAAUUGUUACUCCCGUGAAGUCCCCUUUUCCUGGCAGCCGUCUGCACUGUACACGCUGGAUGCCUCUCUCCAUCCACCCCACUCAGUCUCUCCUCUCUCACCUCCUCUCUCCCUCUCUUCUGCAUUGAUUUUUUUUUUUUUUUCCUUUUUAGUUGACUGAAACAAAACAAAACAAAAGGGCCACUGGAUGUCUGCCUCCUUGGGGGGUGAGCCAGACAGACUGACAAACAAACAGACCCAACUGUGUUCGGGGGAGGGUUUCUCCUCCCGUUUUGCCCGGCAGCAGCAGCAUGGACGUGUUGGCUAGUUAUAGUAUAUUCCAGGAGCUACAACUUGUCCACGACACCGGCUACUUCUCAGCUUUGCCAUCCCUGGAGGAGACCUGGCAGCAGACAUGCCUUGAAUUGGAACGCUACCUGCAGACGGAGCCUAGGAGGAUCUCGGAGACCUUUGGGGAGGACUUGGACUGUUUCCUCCGUGCUUCUCCUCCCCCGUGCAUUGAGGAAAGUUUCCGGCGCUUAGACCCCCUGCUGCUCCCUGUGGAAGCGACCAUCUGUGAGAAGAGUUCGGCAGUGGACAUUUUGCUCUCUCGGGACAAGUUGCUAUCUGAGACCUGCCUCAGUCUCCAGCCAACCAGCUCUUCUCUAGACAGCUACACAGCCGUCAACCAGGCCCAGCUCAACGCAGUGACCUCAUUAACGCCCCCCUCGUCCCCUGAGCUCAGCCGCCAUCUGGUCAAAACCUCACAGACUCUCUCAGCCGUGGAUGGCACAGUGACGUUGAAACUGGUGGCCAAGAAGGCUGCACUCAGCUCAGUAAAGGUGGGAGGGGUGGCGACAGCAGCGGCAGCCGUGGCGGCAGCUGGGACAGUUAAGAGUGGACAGAGCGACAGUGAACAAGGAGGGGUAGGGGCUGAGGCAUGCCCCGAAAACAAGAAGAGGGUUCACCGCUGUCAGUUUAACGGGUGCCGGAAAGUUUAUACAAAAAGCUCCCACUUAAAGGCCCACCAGAGGACUCACACAGGUGAGAAGCCUUAUAAGUGCUCAUGGGAAGGGUGUGAGUGGCGUUUUGCACGAAGCGAUGAGCUCACAAGGCACUACAGGAAACACACAGGUGCAAAGCCCUUUAAAUGCAACCACUGCGACAGGUGUUUUUCCAGGUCUGACCAUCUUGCCCUCCAUAUGAAGAGACAUAUCUAAAAAACCUAAAGGCCACAGUUGCCAUGGCGCCAGCCGUUGUCUGAAGGAAAUGCCAUGAGGCAGGGGGCUGGACUUCAGGCGGGGAACCAUUGCCUCGCAGAAGAAAGUUCUCACUUAUUAAACCUCUGUGUACACACACGCACAGACACACACAGACAUGCACACACGCACUCACACAUAGACACACACACACGCACACACACACACUGUCAUGCACUCAGCUAUAUUUAAAAUAUAUACGUCUAUUCUUUAUGCCUUGCCCUAGCCAGAUGGUAGAAGACGAAGAAGAAGGAAACCAGGUGAACUCAGCAAGGCAGUCUGGCUGCUUACUUCAGCACUAUUGGAAUUAUUUCCCGCUGUUGCCAAUGGAAAUCAAAGAAAAUGGAUGUGACGUCUCUGCAGGUGGACGGCAGUAAGAGGGGCUUAUUUAACUUGCUUCUCAGUGCAACUUGAUAGGAGAAUACAACGUCUUAAAGUUGCAUACGUGUAGCACUAAUGUUUCUUUUUAAAUAGUUGGGGGAAAAUGACCUAGAAAACCAAAUUGCAGUUUGGUAGCCAAAAUUAACUCUUGGUUUAUUUGUCCUUUGUGUGUGAAAAGUCCUACUAUUCCGUGCGUCCGACUUCCUCACAGAACUGUUGAUCAGUUUUGGUUCUUCUUAGUACUAUUGAGAUCUAUCCAGUUGAUACCAACGGCCUUAGCGGCGGCAGACUCUGGAAUAACUCCUUACACCUUUCUGGCCUGCAUUUCUCUAGACUUCACUCUCCAGGGAGGAGUUUUCUUUUCUUACUUUUUGACUCUCUUGCACACCAUAUGCACUAGGGAUUCUGGAAACUUCUAGCAUGACUGCAAAGUGGCCAAGAGAAUAAAGUCCUUGAUGAUAAAUCACAGUAUAUCCCUUGAGCCUCACCUUAUUGCCAGUGCUAGAUUUUUUCUUUUUAAUCUCUGUUUUUUGCUAACGAAAACUUGAAAAGCUUAUUUGGAAGCUUAAAUGUUUUAUCUUUUCUCCAUGGACUAAACCUCUCCAGGACACUCUCUCGGCACCUGGAUGUCCAGCUCUCGAAGCAGCCAAUCAGAUGGGACAUCACACUUUUCUCAUCCCCCUUGAGGCAUCCUGACCUCAGCUUACAGUGAUCAACCCUGUGCUGUAUGUCAUUGCUACCCUAUAACCAGUUUCAGCAUAGAUGUUGCUAGUCUCAAAGGGCAGCUGCAUAUUUAACCUAACUCUGGGUUACGACCUGACAAAAAGCCAAAAAUAUCACUCUUUCCAGGAGUGGGGAGAACAGAGGAUGCCUCCCAAGUCUAGUGACUUCAGAAACCAUCACCCUUUCUUCCUCUCUCAUACCCACUGAGUCCUAUCACCCCACUUGUUAAGACACACAGUUCAAAAUGCCAUUGUGGGAAUGAAGGGUGGACAUUUAAAGAAAGGGUUGAGAUAUUUCUCUCAUGCUCUGUCUAAAAAGAGAGACAUAUUUCUGAUUUUUUUUUUUUUUUUUGGCUAGGCCCACCAUGACUUGUGACCUAGAGCACCCGGGAUCCACAGAGGCCUCACUCUUACUCUGCAAGCUGACGCCGAGGGGGUUACAUGCCUCACUUUCCAUCCCACACACACGUCCCAAUAUCGGCCUCCAUCUACCCGCAUUCUUAGCUAGCUGGCACUGGCCUCAACUCCAAAGACUGCCUUUAGGACCAUUAAAUGGCGUAUGCAAGCAAGCGGGGUGGUUUUAGGGCAGAUUGUAUAUUUUGUAUAUUCUGGGACCAUCCCUUCAAGACACGUCUAAAAAAACAAAAAUGGCAUUUGGUCCACCCAUGGUUGCUGCUCCUUCAUACCAGCUGGCUCCCCUCCUGCCCUCCUUGACUGUUUGACUCCUUGACUGUUAAAAUGCCACCCCAUACCUAUUUGGGAUGCAAAAGUGAAGUCUUUGAAAGGAAAUAAUAAUAUAAGAAACACAGAUGCAUUUAUGACAGCAACCUUCAAGAUCCUUGGCAUUUGGUUUCUCAGCUUUCUGCAAACUUUGAUUUCACUGAAAUGUUGAAACUACUCGUCUGAGGGCAAAGGAGCCUCCUUAUCACAAAUGCUGUAGCUGCCAAUUGGACACUUGGGGCAUUCUGAGGUCUGGCCCUUAACGUUUUCUUUCCCUUUUUCCUUUUUUCAAUUUAGACC